AUGUAUCGUUCCCGUGGGGAGUUGCGUACAUUUGCGCAAUGUGUGUUUGCGCUCUACUGUGUGGACGAGGGCCUCUCCAUCGCACGCUUUCGGCUUGCAUGGUACGUGCUGUGGGGAAAGUGGCCCAAUGAGGGUGUUAUACACCUGCUGUUUAAGAAGGACGCGACUGCGGACAGAAGUGAAGCAUCUAGUGGAGAGAAGAACGUGACUGGAGAAAAUGACGCCCCUGGAGAGGAGCACAACCACCAUCUUGUUGGUGCUCCUUUGGUGCGGUCUGCUCAUCCCUCUGUUUUGCGUGGACGAAUUAAUGAGGAUGAAUUUAUACGAUUUACCGUCACUUAUCAUGACACUAUGGGAGCCGACGCGGUAGAGUUCAGUGGUGCAGAGGACACUGACGCUGCCAUGACAGACAUCCAGAGUGCUCCCUCUAGUAUUCUGCGGGCCCGUCAGUGGGUGCAGUUUCAGUCCCUCGCCGGAUCGAAGGGGUAUGUGACACUUGGUGACCUUAUCGCCGCAGAGAAUGUGGAUUGGCUUCAUCGGCCCGUGAGUGGAGAAUCAGAGGGCAGUGCUGCGGUGAAGCAGGCAGACCCCGAUUCAUCGACUCUCACGCAGGGUGGUGGAGAUGGAAGAUUGGCGGUGCUAUCGCAUGUCUUUGCCAUUGUCGAUAGGGAUAGAGAUGGUAAAGUUGUUUUUGACGAUGUGGUGCGCCAUCUUGGCACCACAGCGUGA